AUGUUGUUGAAAUAUUUAAAACAUUUAUUUCAUCAACAGGAUUUUCGUCGUCUAUAUUCUAAAUUUAAAUCACAAUGGCAGUAUUAUUUUGUAUUUUUUUUAUUAGGUUUGCUUACUUCCAAACUUUUUGACCCUUUUAAUUCAAGUUUGCCAUUUUGUUAUAGAUUAAUUUUAUAUAAUCUUAGUAGAUUUUGUAAAAAAAUUAGAGUGGAUGACGAUGAUGAUGAAGAAUAUAAACUUGUUCUAUGUGUCAGAUCAGAUUUAGCUAUGGGCAAGGGCAAAAUCGCUGCACAGUGUGGUCACGCUUCCAUUGGAGCCUACACAGAUUCACUCAAAAAUAACGACCCUUAUGUCCGAAAGUGGUUUAAUGAGGGCCAGAGAAAAGUAGUUUUGAAAAUAAAUGACUAUGAGGAAAUGAAAGAGCUAAAAAAUGAAGCGAGAAGGCAUAAAAUAAAUACACAUGUGACCAGAGAUGCGGGGAGAACCCAGGUUCCAUCGGGAUCAUAUACAGUAAUCGCAAUAGGGCCAGGCCCGGACAAAGUACUCAAUAAAAUAACAGGCCACCUCAAAUUGUUGUAG